AAGCGAUUUGCUAACACGAAUGUAUUGAUUAGAUUAUACUUAAUCAAUCUGAAAACAUUUGAAAUAUAUAUAUAUAUAUAUAUAUCAUGUGUGAAUGUAGCAGUCUCCAUCUACAAGUUAUGUAUAAAAUCAUUUAUUACUACUUAUUAUACUACUUAAUUCAUAUUACAAAUUCAAAUGAGUUAUCAAGAUUAAAUUUAUUAACAUUAGAUCGUUCAACUAAUAAAAUCAAUAUAUUAUUAUCAUAUUUUAUACCAUUUAAUGAUAUGAUACAUAUACAAUCACGUAGGCAACAAUAUAAUGGUAUAAAAGAAAAUUUUUUAAUCAAAAAUUUAAAUAAUUUAUAUAUUAAUCAUCAAUUUUUUAUUAAUUUAACAGAUUUUAUCGAUUAUUAUUAUAAAUUAAUAAUCAAUAAACCGAUAACAAUUAAUGAUGGAAAUAUAAUCAAUAAUAAUACAGAUUAUUUACAUAAUAUUCAUAUAAUGAAUUAUAUUAAUAUAAAUUAUAUUAAAAAGAUAUAUAAGAAAUCAUUAUUAUUAUUAUCAAAGGAAUAUAUUCCCUCUAGUCAAUUAAAGUAUAUUUUAUUAAUGCAUUCAUGGAGAUUAUAUUUUUUAUUCAUUAUUAAUAAUACUAAUUUAUGGUUACAUUUUAAGCCAGAAACAAUAAUCAAUCAAAAUGAUUUACCUAAAACAAUUGAUGAAUGGAGUAUUAUAUUUAUAUAUUUAUUAUGUAUAACAUUUCAAUCUAAACAAUAUGAUAAAGAUUAUCAAUUACCAUAUGGUUUUUGUCCAAAUCCAUGUUUAAUGAAUCCAUGCCAUGAAGUAAUGAAUACAAUAUCAAAUAAAUGUAUAAGAACUGGAUAUUUGGAAAAUAAUUAUAAAUGUGAAUGUCUUAAUGGUUAUCAAUGGAAACAAGUUAAAGGAUAUAAAGGGUAUUGCGAAGCAAUCAAUCUAUGUGACAAAUAUUGUAGCAAAGUUGGAACCAGGAAAUGUGAUAUUAUAGAAGACAGGUAUUUCUGUGUUUGUCGCCCCACUCAUAUGGGUUUAAACUGUGACUACCAACGUGAUCCAUGUGUGGAACUGGCUUCUAAUGUUCAUAUGGGAGGAAAUAUGGCAUGUAACGUUGCAAAUGGUGGUAUAUGCAAAGGAACUUUAGGAACAAACACCUAUCAUUGCCAGUGUCCAGGAUCAUUUACCAGUGAUCCAUCUUAUCCUCUCCCAAACUGUUUACAAAUUAAAGAUCGAUGUGCCAGUACAAUAUGCAUUCAUGGUGAUUGUGUUAGUUCAAAAGAUGGACAAGAAACUUAUUGUAUUUGUUCUGAAGGGACAUAUGGAAAAUAUUGUGAAUUAACACGUGGACAAUGGGGUCAAUGGUCACCAUGGUCUGAAUGUUUACCAAAUUGUGGACUUUAUAAUCAUCGAAGGCGUAUACGUACACGUGAUUGUUUAGGUGAGGCAUGUAGUGGUGGUUUAGGUUAUUUACAUAUGGAAUUCUGUGAUGUAAAACCUUGUUCAGAUGAAAUGCAGAUGUUAAAUAGAAUAAAUUCAUCACAAGAAAUACAAAAAUUGAAAAUGUUACAAGUACAAGGAACACGUUAUAUGGAAAUAUCAGGUAGAAUUGCUAAAUAUCUAUUAUUAAUAACUUGUAUCUUUUCUGUAAUUACAGUGACAGCUAUGAUAAUAGUUGUAUAUUGUUUAUGAAAUUUUAAUGAUGAAACACCUUACUUAGAAUACAUAAUUCAUGUUGAAUAUAUACUAUUAUUGUAUUUAUUUUAUUAAGAAAUACUGAAUGAUGAAGAAUAUUUACCGCUGAGAACUGUAGAUAAUUGAGG